AUGGAGGAAAUAACAAAUGGGUUAGAGCUCAGCAAUGUUAACUUCAUUUGGGUUGUUAGGUUUCCAUUGGGAGAUGAAACUAUGGUUGAAGAUGCACUGCCUAAAGGGUUCCGUGAUAGAGUGGGAGACAGAGGAAUUGUACUAAAGGGAUGGGCCCCACAAGAGAAAAUUCUAAGGCAUUCAAGUAUUGGUGGGUUUGUGAGUCAUUGUGGAUGGAAUUCAGUAAUGGAAAGCAUGGAAUUUGGUGUUCCAAUCAUAGCCAUGCCCAUGCAGCUUGAUCAGCCUUUGAAUGCUAGGUUGGUGGUUGAACUUGGUUUAGGGAUGGAGGUCUGGAGGGACUAUAGCGGGAAGCUUCAUAGAGUAGAGAUAGCUAAAGUAAUAAGGGAGGUGAUAGUUGACAAAAGAGGAGAAGAUAUGAGGAGAAAAGCAAAAGAAUUGAGAGAGAAGAUAAGAUUGAAAGGAGAGGAAGAGAUGGAUGGAGCUAUGGAGGCGAUAUCACAACUUUGUCAGAAGAGUAAGGCGCAGUAA